CCAGCUCCUGGUUGCUCAUCGUUUGCUAAAGCUGAAAACUCAAAGCAGAAAAACCAUGAGUCUGGCCUUCCCUGUCCUGCUGGUCACUCUGGCCUUUUGCUGCUACGAGGCCAAUGCAAGAGUCUGUCCAGCCCUCGUUUCUGAACUGAGAAGCUUCCUUUUUGAGCCUACAUUUCUCUACAGAUUAAAUGUUCUGAAAUUUAAUGCACCUCCUGAGAUUGCUCAGUCCAAGGUGGAAGUGAAGAAAUGCAUAAAUUCUGAUAUCUCCUUCUUUAAAAGACUCCAGUUUCUACCAAUUAUGAUGAAAGUACUGGCGAAAUGUUAAGUCCUAGAUUGAAAAACAUCUUACACACAAGGACCUCUGACGUUCCAUGAUGACCUGAUCUUCCCUAGAAAAUGUGAAGGUUUCAACAU